AUGAACUUCUUCCAGGACGUCUCGGUGCCAGUGCCACAGGGCCCACCGCCACAGGCUGUGCUGGAGAAGAAGUAUUGGUGGAGCGCUCUCGAGGCGCUGCUUUCGCUGACGGCCAUGCUGCAGUUCUUCACGUUUGACUUGGUGGGUGGCAUGCUAACAGCCAUGAUGCUCUUCCUGGCGUUCAUGAUGACCACGGACGGGAUGGCUGAGAUGCACAGGUAUGCAUUGGCGUUUGCAAUGCUCAGCUUGUUGUGCCUCUUCUUCGACAUGGUGCCUCUCCUGUCAUCUGUGGGCGGCCGCUCGGAGGUGUCUGUGGAACCAGUGGAUCGAGAGUCCCAAGACAACGAGCUACGAAUCACGUACACCACGAUUAUCAAGACAAUGCCUUUCUUUGACGAGACACAGGGCUGGAUCUACAAUGGGGGGAGCAUCACCAUGAUCCUGUCUCCGAUUUGCAUGCUGCUUGGGGCGUACCUUUCUGGACAAGCCCAUGUGGAGAUGCACAGUACUGCGAUGGACGCAAGUCGUGAGAAUAUGGCAGCGAGCAUGGAGGCACGUGCAGCUGAGAACCCUCGGGCGCGGAGGUUCAGGGUGCAGGUGCCUUCCACUUUGCUCCAACAAGGUAGCGAUGGAGGCGAACGCACGCCUUCCGACAAUAGCUCUGCGUCCACUCUUCUCAGGUUUUCUGGUCCCAGCCAUCGGCUGACCCCAGACUGA